AUGGUCUUCUUCGGGGUGUAUACAAACUCCCGGCCCUGGGGUCCGGACGAAUUCCUCGCCAACGCUAAACUAAUGCAAGAUAUUUUCUUCGGUGAUGCGCGAAAGGAGACCAGCGGCGGCUUUGUGGAUGGUCUUACAACAUCCGAUUCCGAUGAUAGUUGCGGCAAUGACCCUCCAGGAGAUCCUGAUGUACUCGAGGGAUUUGACGGUAAAGUGGCAGCACUUGGGAAGCGUCGAAUGGUUUUGUGUUCGACGAAUGACACUUUCGACCACUAUGUCGUUACCGGGGACUCCUUGCCUGACGUUAAAACGGAGGGAUUACCGCAGCCACGCAGAUCCCAAGCUCCUCUCACAGAUGAUGACCGUCCACUUGAGAUGGUAGAUGACGAAGAGUUCGACAUUCCACCUAUAUUCGACGACACUAAGUAUGUGACAGGCGACACCAGACCUGGACAUUGA